AUGAAAGUUUUGUGCUGCUCGCCACUCCCCGAGGCCAAGGACGGGGUCGAACCGUCAUUCCAGGAUUUGCAGUCCGAUACAUUUCCAUUAUGUUACCCAGCCAAACCCGCCACCUCAUGUGCCAAAGUCAAACGGUUGUUCUUCCAUCCCCGCUCCCUAUUUUUCUACAUAUGCGGUGGCGGGCGGAGCACUCGAUAUGACCGGCGGCGGGUUACAAGAGAAGAGGGGACAACUUAUUUAUCCCUUGACUUGCUCCAUUUUCCUUUUCUUAUUUUAAGUAGCAAGCCACUCCACUACUGGUACAGAGGCCAGAAGUUUGCUUCCUCCACAUGUUCAGGCAACGAACAUCUAGAAGCUAGAUUUUGUCUUAGAAGCCCAUCUAGCCCAGCGGAUCCAUUGUUUAUGCGGCAGUGCGAUGCUGCUUAA